CGUUGAUAAGCUUUUCAGUAGCUGGACUACUGGCUCUCUACAUCCACGUUAGGAUCACUUUGCAGAAAAUGUGAAAUAAGUGUUUCCACUUUACCAUGAGUGCCCCUCCCCAAAAUGACACACUACAGCCAGGUGUGUUCUCGGGGAGUGUGCAUACGCCGGCCUCCAGACCACCAGCGUCCUCCAGAGAGCUCAGGGCCUCGAAGAGAGUUUGUUUUUACAAAAGCGGCGACCCUCAGUUCUCUGGGCAUCGGAUAGUCAUCAACAGUCGCACCUUUAAGACUUUUGACGCUCUGCUGGAUGCUCUGUCCAAGAAAGUGCCUCUACCGUUUGGUGUACGCACCAUCACAACACCCAAAGGUACACACGCCGUCCAGAACUUAGAUGACUUGCGGGAUGGGGCCUCAUAUGUAUGCUCGGACCAAAGGAGGGUCAAACCGUUCAACUUGGAUAAGGUCAACCGGAGACAGGUGCCCUGGAACACCACCAGACCCACUAGCUCAGGGCGACAGGGACGCAGAGGGCUGAUUCGGCAGCUAGUGAAGAACAAUGAUGUGGUCAGGACGACAAAAGUGAUGAAUAGCGCUGUUGCAGUGUGGACACCAAAAAGGCUGGUGGUUUUUAAAAACAGGGAUCCCACCACUAAGCGCACAGUUGUUUUGCAAAGGAGAACUGCUCCAACUUUUGAGGCUCUGUUAGAUUACCUUUCCCAAAUAUUACAGUUCCCAGUUGUGAAGUUAUACACAGCUGAUGGGAGAAGAGUUGAAGGCCUACCUGCCCUGAUCCUGUGCUCAGGGACAGUGGUAGCAGCUGGUAAUGAACCCUUCAGACUGAGUGACUACAAUUUUCAAGGAUCGUCUCAACCCUCACAGUCAGCCAUAUCUGAAUCUAUAGGGCCAGCUAAGACACAGCCACUGCCAAAAGAUAAGAAAAAAUCAGUUGGAAGUAGAUCAAGGUCAAGAAAUUUUUCCUUAUCAUCGGAAAGGUAUUUUGUGGAUCAGAUCAAUAAGUCACUGAAUGGAAGUCUGUCAGAGGACAGUGGCCAGAAGAGAGGAUUGGUGGACGCUGAGAACAGCCAACCACUGGAAUCAGAGGAGAUUGAGACAAGUGAUUUCAUUGCUGAUAUAGAGGAAAAGGAUCACUUUAUCAUGCCUUCAGAGGAUGACAUUGAGAAGUCUUUUCGUGUGAAUCAGGAUGGCAGCAUGACGGUGGAGAUGAAGGUUCGUCUGACUUUAAAGCAAGAGGAGUUGAUUCACUGGACCACCACGCUGAGUCGAACCUGUGCUAACAGCCAGCAGAGGGCAGUGUGCUCACAACCAGGCUACUCCCCAUAUAGUAAUGACUACACUGCAAAACAAGCAAAGAGAGACAGCAGUGACUCUAAAGAAGACAAUACACCCACUGAGAAAUCAGUGGGAUUAAACGAGGAGGGAGAGGACCACUGUGGAAGCGCCACCUCUGAAACCUUAGAAAAGCCAAAGCCAGCUUUCAGGAGGCUGCCCACUCCAGGACCUAGACGUGUCAGGAGAAAAGAGGCUUCAGUAGAGAAUAUAAAGAGGGUGUCACAAAGCAAAUUGCAGGAGAGCACAGUAGGUGCAUACACAUACAUGGAGCGGACAGCGGAUGGAGAGCUAACAGAAGGGUACUGUGUGGUAAGUCAUAGUAGCUCUAGCAGUACAAGACCUGUACCAAAACCCAGGAAGAACAGCUCUGGAGAGGCCAAACAUAAAAAGACUCACUCCUCCGUCAGGUCUUCAAGGAUGGCUGAGGUCCUUCAACUACAAAACAAUGGGACAGAGAUUACAGAGACUGUAAUGUGUAUUUAUGAGUCACAGGGUACAUAUGAAAAUUAUUUUGCAAACACCCCGAAUACUGCUGAUAAAAAGCUUGAGCUCAAAACAAAGACUAAAGAUCCCAGGAACCCUGACUCAACAGACUCAGGGCCCUGUUCUUCAAGCAAUGAUUGUGAUGUUGAUCUAACUAGACAAUCCAUAAGCUCUGACUCUCAGAAUGCUAGAAAAAAUGAAUUGUUGUCCUUGUCAUCUGGCCAAUCAAGCACUUCACAAAAGAUAAACAAAAAUAUCUCCUCUUGUAAAAAGAGUGAAAAGCAAGCUAGACCUGAAUCCUCACACAAGGGACUGGAGGAUCCUGAGGCAUGCACUAAAGAAAACUCUGAAGGUAAAAGCAUUGGUAAUAGGAAUACAAAAAUGACCCCAAAAUCAGUAAAAUCAAGGGAAGGUACUACUUCUGACACCACUGUUUCUGACAAAAAGCAAAAGGGCAGUGUUCCUGAUUCUUUAAAAAACUUAAGGAAUAGUAAAUCUCCAGAGUCACAGAGUCAUACAGGGUCAGAAAAAAAGGCAGUUAGCUCAACAGAAAGUGACAAACACAGGCAGAAGACUAAAACAAAAAAGAAAGACAAAGGGGGUGCUUCUCAAAAAAGCCAAAAUUUCAAUUUUGGUGAUAAAAAAGAAUCAUCUGAGAUAAAUCUAAAUAAUCCAACUCGGCAGAAAUCAUCUAAGAAGGUAAACACACGUGAGAGUAACCUUCCAAGGGACUUGUGUCAAAAUGUGAGUGCAUGUCAAACUGACACACUAAGAUCUCCUGUUAAGAAAAAAUUAUUAGAUGUUCUGCCGCCACCCCAUUUCAAAAUGCAAAAGCACAAGUCUAUGAAUGAGUGCAGAAAAAAAUCUCCUAAAGAAAGCAGGGAGUUGAGUGAAAGCAUUUCUAUGCCAGUGCUCCAGUCAUCUCCCUCCAAUGUGCAUCAGUACGUGGAAAACUGGCUGAAAAAAAUUCAGCCUGAAUCAGUGCCCUACAUGGACGAAAUGGACCCUCAUGAGGCUGAAACAGAAGCUAGAGGAAAGUUUUGGAUUAGAAGUGAACCAGAAAAAGAUAGUAUAGUGGAGGAAUGUACUUCUCUUAAAGAUACUACAACUGAGAGACUGAUGUCUCGUCCACCUGUGCAGAUCAGAUGUGAAGGAGAACCUGUGGAGACGCAGAGGAUAAAAAGCUUCUGUAAAUCAAUGCCCAGUGUGAGAAUCUACCCUGCUGAGCAGGACAGUCGCAUGAGAAUGAAUAAGUCUUCAGAGGCCUUGGUUCCCAUACAGCCUGAUGAACAUGGUGAGACAUCACAGACUACAAAAGUGAACACUAGAUCAGGUAUGAAGCCAAUUUUGCAGCAGCUCUGUUUAUCUAUUCAAUCUAUCAGGAGGACCUCUAGCCAUUCUCAUUUAACAUCCUUGGAGAAGGAGAAGUCUAGCAGCCUUCCAGACUUUUCAUCUCAGGUUGCCUCUGUUUUUGGUUCCCCAUCUAAAGCUCUUCUCUCCUUUCUGUCAGUGAUGACUCUGAAAGAUGGUGUCUCCAGCACUAGCAAUGAAGACCCAGCCGUUAACUCUGGCAGCUAUCCAGAGGCCCUGCAGGUAAUGCAGUCCUUGGAAAAAUUAGCCAGCGUCGAGGACGAAGAAGAGCUGAAGGCCAGCCUAGCAAGUCUCCAACGCUCAGCAUCUCCUCAGUUAAAUAAAAGCUGGAGAGAUUUCCAAGAGAGAAAUGAUGUAGAAUUAAGUCCACCUCUGUCACCAAGACAGUCAGAGCAAGAAUUUGCUUUAGAGGUGGACUCAGAAGGAGAGGAUCAGGUCAAGGAGCAUCAUUUUGGGAUAAAAGAGUUAAUGGAUGAGCUUAAUAUGUCUGAGGAUCUUCGCAGAGAGAUUUCCUCUCUUGUUGAUGGGGAGCCGACAAAUACUGAUACUGAAAUACUGACUAACACAGCCACUGACGUUGCUUCUGGGAAUGAGGAUGCCACUGCCAAAGACAACUUCUUAGAUCCAGAAGGAGGCUUUUCAGAGGUGAGAGGAAGCCAUGAUGACACCAUUACAAGGGUUGAGAAAGCAACGCAGUCUGAAGUAACAUGCAGAGAAGAACCCUGUCCUCCUGGUCCAGCAAAUAAAGCCUUAGUUCGGGAAAAAUGUGACAUUGAAAAUGUCCAAACUGUGGAAGAGGAGACAAGCCAAACAGAUCUUCUAGACAUGGGAGACAGUGUCCAAACAACUGAUGAAAAGUACACUGAAAAUACAUCAUGCCAAGUAGAUGAGCCUGAGGUCCCAGAUCACACCCAAAAUAAUCUUGACGAGAAGAAGGUACAAGACAGUAUGUUUAACUCUGAACAUGUAGAAACUGAGCAUCGUUCUCACACAUUAGAAAUAUACAGAGCAGACUUAGGAGAUCAACAUUCUGAGCUGAAUGAUGACCAAGACAGUGAGACAAAAGAAGACAACGAAGAAGAUCAUAGAAACAUAGAUUUAGGUGAACAUAUCGUAAAUGCAGAGGUGGAUGAAAAAGAUACGUUUACAAAUCAAGACCAAUAUGAAUUAGAUGAAAACCAAGAAGAACUCCAGAACAAUGCUAUUAUCCAACAGGAAGAUUUUAGUGUUAAUGAGGAAGUUUAUAAGUCAGAAGAAGAGGAACAGAAUCAUGAUAAAUUUAAAAGUCAGGAUGCUGAAUUCCAGCCCAAAGAACCAGACUUGAAUUAUGACUCUGAGUCCCAUAACAGCUGUGAUUCAGAGAAGCUGGCACCAGAAUCACCUACCGAUCGUAAUAUUUCAAUUGAGGAAGAUGCUAGAUCAGAAGCAUUACAAUGUAGUGUAAACAAUGCUGAUUCAGACGGUAAUAAUGAUAGCCUAAUGGAAGAGCAAGAUGAUAAUGAAAACAAAGAUACAGUCUUUAAAGCCUCUGAAUAUGAUGAUCCAGCAGCUGAAUCACACCAUUUGUCAAUAUCAAAUCAAGAUAUAAAACAGGCUGACAAAACUAAGACAGAGUCUUGUACAUCCUCAGGAUCUGAAAGUGAACAUGAGCUCCAGACAUUAGAACAGGAAGAUAUUAUUGAGGAACAGAUUUGUUCUGCUGAGGAGAAUGUGGAAGAAGUAGGUGAGGAUAAAUGGAGUGAUGCUUUAGAUUCUGAUGAGGACUUUGAUGCAGAACCAAACUAUCCUGCUAUGUCAGAUCAAAAAGGUGAACACUCUGACCGAAACGAAUCAGGGUCUUGCAAAUCUCAAGAAUCUGAAGAUGAACAAGAGCUCCAGAUGUUAGAGGAGGAGAAUGUUCCUGAAGAGGAAGACACAAAAACAGAUGAGCAUGAGGACAAACAGAGCAGUCCAACGGAUGAGUCUGAUGAAGACUUUGAUGUAGAACUAGAACCAAAUUGUCCUACCAUAUCAGAUGAUGAUGGUGAAAACUCUGACCAAAACAAGUCAGGGUCUUGCAAAUCCCAAGAAUCUGAAGGUGAACAUGAGCUCCAGACAUUCAAGGAGAAUAAUAUUACUGAGAGACAAAAUAGUUAUGCUAAAGAAGAUGAUGAUGAAGCAGACAAACAGAGCAGUGCUUUAGAUUCUGAUGAGGACUUUGAUGCAGAACUGAAUUACCCUGCAAUGUCGGAUCAAAAAGGUGAACACUUUCACCAAGACAAGUUGGGGUUUUGCGAAUUUCUGGAAUCAGAAGCUGAACAGGAGCUCCAGAUAUUAGAAGAGGAGAAUGUUACUGAAGAGGAAGACAAAAACACAGAUGAGCAUAAAGGCACACAAAUCAGUGCUUUAGAGUCUGAUGAGGACUUUGAUGUGGAACCAGAACCAAAUUGUCCUACAGUGUUAGAUGAAGAUGAUGAACACUCUGAUCAAAACAAGUCUUGCAAAUCCCAAGAAUCUGAAGCUGAACAUGAGCUCCAGACAUUCAAGGAGAAUAAUAUUACUGAGAGACAAAAUAGUUAUGCUAAAGAAGAUGAUGAUGAAGCAGACAAACAGAGCAGUGCUUUAGAUCCUGAUGAGGACUUUGAUGCAGAACCAAUCUAUCCUGCAACAUUAGAUCAAGAGCCUGAAGACUCUGACCAAGACAUGGCUCAAUCUUGUAAAUCCCAAGAAUUAGAUGAGGAAGAAACUGAAGAGAAAGAUGAAGAAGUAGAUGAUCAUGAGAACAAACAGAGUUAUGUUUCAGAUUCUGACGAUGACUUUGAUACAGAACCAGACUAUCCUACAGUGUCAGAUCAAGAGGAUGAACUCCUCGACCAAGACAAGACAAAGUCUUGUAAAUCCCAAGAAUCAGAAGCUGAACAUGAACGCCGGACCAUGGAGCAGGACAAACAGACCAGCUCUGCUGAAGACAAAGAUGAUGAAGAAGACGAGCAUGUGGACAAACAGAGCAAAGCUACAGAUUCUGACAGGGAUGUGAAUAUUCAAUCUAACCGCUCUUACAUGCCAGACCCUGAAAUCAAGCACCCUGUGUGGAGAGACUCAUGCAAUAGUCAGGAUACAGAAGCUUAUAUAGCCCAGUCAGAAGAUACUGAGGGAGUGGAGGAAGUUGAAGGCUGUCUUUGUGUGCAUCCUAUGGAGAUCUCCCAGGAGUUACUGGACUAUGUCAAUUUUGCUCUGUUAUCCUCUGCUCUUACUUUCAAAUAUGACUCAAAUGGCUGUCUCAGAAUAGAGCCAGAUAAAUGUAAAAUCAGAGAAACAUCUUUAGUUGAGAGAAAUGUAGACAGUCAGUAUGUUCAGAGACGUCUUCCUAGCCCCAACACGUCUGACCUCUCCGAUUACAGGCCUGAGACAUCAGACAGCGGAGGAGAUAUUUCACAGGUCUCCACAGAUCUUUUUACAGAGACCGGAGAGGAGGAGGUAGAAAGAUUGUCCACUUACCAAGGCAUCAUGAAACCAAGCCCCAAGAAUGGCAAGAGAUGUGAUAAUGUACUGGAUAAUAGUUCAACAAAAACUAAUUCAGGGGCAGACACAAAACAUACAGCUAGCCCUAGUUUAAAAAGUAUCAAUAGCCUUGCCUCUUUUCAUGAUUCCAUAGCUAAUGGUACUAUACAGGAGCCUGCCAAAAGCAACACCUUCGGUUCAUUUAAUGAGGAUUCUGAGCCUGUACAACGUACUGUUUUCUAUUCAGAAGCAGAUUCCAGUGAAGGAAUCCUGAUAGAUAAAGGCAGGUGGCUCCUAAAAGAAAAUCACCUCAUUCGCAAAUCUCCUCCAGUCCCAAUGGGGAUGUAUAAAAAUGUGGACACCACAUCAGCUGACACAGGUCAAGACAACACAAGUGAGGAAGCCCCCUACCCACCUUGUGGGACCCAGCCUUCCCCACUAGCUGUCAUAUCCUCUUCUGAGCUGGAGGAGAUGGCAAAGCCCCCCACACCCAAGUGUACAUACUUCAACAUGCCUCACAGUAGUGACUCUGAUCCCUUUCUGGAUAACCAGAGCAUCAACAGCAGCAAAGGAGGAGGUGACAUUAGAAAAUGCAGAGAGCUCAAAGUAUCACCAAUGGAUGAGACCUCAAAAGCAUGGGCAAAGAAAAAUGGAAGUCUCCCCUCUUUUGCAUCUGUAGAGUUCAAACUACCUGAUGGGAAAGUCCAUCCAGAGGGUGGCCUGGCAUCUGGUGUUGUGGAGAAGACUGCAAGGUCCCAAAGCAUAAGUAGCAGGGCAGCUCAAGAAGAGGAGUCAGUAGAGGAUCUGAAUCUCAGAUGUGGACGGCACUGCCCAAUACUGUAAAUUAGUGCUCACCAGCCCCCCUUCACCUACUUACCUAACAUGAAUGCGUCUUAUGCAGCCAAUCAAGGAAAUAAAUUGGCUGGAAGGUAGAUCACUGGAACCAGGAUUAGUGAUCACUGCUUUAGAGUAUAAAAGGGUAUACAAACUAAUGCAUUAACUGUUAAACUGAAAUAUUUGUAAACAACUUUGCUUAACAUUAGGGAACAUAGCUCUUUUAUGGUUUCAAAAGAGUUACCUUUCCCACUUUGGUGCCUGCUUCAAAUGGUCCUUGGAUUAUAGUAGUAAAACAGUUAAAUUUGCUAUGCUAUGUUGAGCUUAACUUGGUUUUAAUUGGCAUGUAGUCUUUUUGUAUCAAGUAUGAAGUUUAUUGCACAACAGAUCUGACUUACUUGAAGAUAUGAACAUUCCAAAGUGGUAUUUAUCUACCUGUAGAUAUAUUUAGCAUAUAAACCUUCCAGCAACAAUUUACAGAUGAAAAAAAAAAUGUUUAAAGUUGCAGGCUCCAGCACCCCCCAACCCAGAAGGAGAAGCGGCUUAGAAGAUGUGUGUGUGUUUAAAGUUGCUUAUUUUAUCUACAGGUUUAAGUACAAUUUCCAUUGUAAGGUGAGUAUAUUGCACAGACACAAGAAGUGAAGGCGCUCAUUGGGCCAGGAAAAUGCCUUUCUUUUCUACAGUGGUCAGAUGCAGGUUACUCUGGGUUGUAAUACUGUGACAUGCUGUAGCCACAUGACCAUCAGUGAAGUAAUCUGUGACAUCUGUGAGAAAGAUAAAGUAAAAAAUAUUUUGCGUGCAGUAAUGGGAUGCCCAUAAUGGCCCAAACCCAUUUCAUUCUCUGUAUUUAAACAUAUUUAAGUUUGUCUUUUUUAAAAUACCAACAUGGCAACCUCGAAAAAUAUUUGGCAUUUGUAUGUUAUGGCUUCCAGGGUGCAAAUAACCUUCAAACAAAUCUUCCCUUUGAAUAGUGUAAGAUACCACAUUCAAAUUACAGUGGCUUUAUCAUGAGCCUGCUGAAGGUCUGUUUCUUGUCAAGUGCUUGAAAAUGCUUUUUGAAGAUCUAUUAUGUCUAUUAUAUAAUAUUAUUAUAUUUCUUCUAUUAUGAAGAAAUAUAAAUGAUGAAC